AUGCCUCAAGAGAGGAUCGAGAGGGGCAAGAGAGUGCGCGCCUGCACCAUUUGCGGCCGAACCUUCAAACGCACCGAGCACUGUAUUCGACAUGAGCGCGCACAUUUUCGCGAGCGUCCGUUCUCUUGCAGGUUCUGCGAUAAGUCGUAUGGCAGAAAAGACCUGCUCGUUCGACAUGAGCGCACACUGCAUGCCGAUGAAUGGGCUAAUGCGCAAUUAGCUGCUUCACCAAGUACCCCUGCGCGUCCAGGCCGCCGCCGUCAGAACCGGGAUAGUUGGAGCCGCGUUCAACCAUUGCCACAACCACUGUCACAGACAGAACCGCAAUAUAAAGAAGAACCCCCCACUGGCGUGCGAGUGAAUGAUGAAACAGUGAUACAAUUCGAAAGUUUCCUCCCGUCGCCUCGCGUUUCAUCUUCGUCCGAAAUCAGUGACCCAGAGUUAGUCACCGGCGUUUCUGAUGGCAUGGAUGUCGAGUUUCCAUUAGACCCGAAUCUCUCAAAUGGAAUCCAUAUGCUUGUUGGAGAUGUCGAUAAUACACCCCACGAAUAUGUCCCUACAUAUCCGAUGGAUCAACGUCACACCGCAUAUGAGUCAUAUCUACAACAGCAUGACCUGGAACAUUAUAACUCCUAUCAGGGCUUGCCAAUUGACCCUAGCCUCACUACCGACAUUCCCAAAAACAAUGGGUUUCCUAUUAUACAGGAUGAAACAUUUUCUAGGGCGGAAAAUGUAAAUAUCUUCGCUUUAUUUCCGGAUUUAACUCUCGACGACCAGAGUCUAACUCAUUAUUUUGACGGGUCAUUCGAUGAUAAGGUCACGCCAGACCUACUCAAAGAUACGUCAACCGAUGACACAACGUCUUCAGAUAUGCCUCCUCCUGAAUCUCGUCGUCGAGGACGACCAUCUCGCAGUUUUAGGGCGCAAAGCGGCUCCCGGUUUCGUAAAGUUUAUACGGAAGAGUGUCAAUUAGCUCUUCUAGCAGAUCUCCAAAAUACCUUUGCCUGUCAAGUUCAAGAAAGUCAGUUGCCGCGGAUACCGGCUUUUCAGUGUUUCAUAAAUCAGUAUUUUCAGUCGUUCAACAAUCGACUUCCGAUACUCCAUCUCCCGUCAUUUGAUGUUUCAGCAACUCCUGCUCCACUGCUAUUGGCUAUUUGCUCAAUUGGCGCGUUAUUUGGUUCUGAAAAGGACGUUGCCAAUGAUCUACGGAAACUCGCAAAGCAAGCCCUGCAGAGCAUAGAUUCAACAUCGGAUAGACCCAUGUGGGUAGUACAAUGCAAAAUACUUCUUAUUGCGCAGGCAGCUUUUGGUGGUGACUGCAUUGCAGUAAAUUGGGCACUGGAAAACGUGGGAUUCUUCCAUCGGGAAUUUACUUCCCGUAGCGCGGCACUUUCAGCGACUCGAGAUACCAAGCUCACCAGUUGGACUGCUUGGAUCGAGAGGGAGUCUUCCAAGCGUUUACUCUUUGGCAUGUUCAUCAUAAGCAGUCUUUUGACCCUGACUUAUAACAUCUCGCCCUGCUUGUCUACCACGGAAGAUCUAAAGAUUGAGAUGCCCGCAGAAGAGUCUGCUUGGAUUGCUGCUGAUGAACAUUGCUGGAAGAAAGAAAUGGCUACGAAAGUGCCACCUAGCAUGGACGUCUACCAGGCAUUGACGAGAGUGCUUUUUGGAAAAGAUUUCAACACCGACACUGAGAGCCAAUGGCCCGCCUUUGCCGUCACAAUUCUGAUGCAUGCUGUACAUGUGCAUAUGUGGCAUGUUACGCAGUCCACUCAGUCAUUCAUCAACUUCUCCGCCAAUGUGAAAAUAGAGGAGCAGAUGAAAUCUCUAUGCACUAGUCAAACAGAAGAGGUACUGGAGAGGUGCUACAUGAUAUUUGCGCACCGGCGUCCUUGUGAUGAAGAGAAAACAUGGGAUGAUGUCGAAGGCCCCCUACUUUUCAAUGGCAUGGCUGUGCUCCGUAGCUGCUAUGUCCGUGCUUUCACCGGAAGUGGGAGCUUCAACCGCUCUAUACUCUUCAGUGAUGAUGAAGAAGCGAUUUUUAGAGUGGCAAAGGACUAUAUGCAAAUCGAGCAAGUCCGAACUCCUUUUCUUUCGGCGGCCGUUGCACAAAGCUUUGAUGGCUUGUUGACCCCGCUGCAGGCGGUACGAAAGUCACCCCCUGACCUUGUUGUAGCAUUAUUCUAUACCAAAUGGGUACACACAGUCGAAACGCAAAAUGCAUUUGCUCAGCCUGAAACGGAAGAAAAGAAGAACCUGGAGAAGUUGCUACAGAUACUAGGAAGCAAUGACCAAACUGAGAAAAGCCCUCAGUCGCUUGCUGCAAGUGCAGCUAGAUUAUGGGCUGACUUCAUUGACAGCAACUGGACCUGGGAAGUGACACGGAGAAUGGGCAAAGUGCUCCGAAAAUUGGCAGUGGUUUAUGAAAUUAACAAAAACAUGCCAUAA